UUCCAAAAUAAAGAAGAACAACAAACUGCGCGCGAUAAAUUCUACAUCCGAAAUCAGAAACGAAGUCAAGAUUUUUGGACAUAAAUUUGGAGCGGGGUUCGUGGGGUCUCCAAUUGAAACCAGGGUCGCAAAAGAUGCGAGUGCUGCUCCGUCUCCUAUCAUAAGUCGCAAAUCAUCCGCAGUCGAAGUACCUUCCAAAAUGAACCAAGCUUUGGCACCUGGUCCCAGUACAAAGGGGGCCGAUGCUUCACAGUCUUCAAGUUUGGUAACCAUUACGGGGAUAAAUUCGUCUGCGGUCGAUGAGCAGAAAAAGGUGACUCAGUUUUGGAAUCAGGGCAGUCCUGCACCUAGCCCGAGCAGAAAGGGACCAGCUGAUGCGCAAUCUCCACGUGCGGUUCGCAAACUUUCGGCAAUCGAUGCGCCGUCUAUGGCGGCCCAAUUCCGGAAUCAGGACAGUCCCGCACCUGUCUCGGAUGGUUCCUCAGUCAGUAUGUACCAAGAAUAUGAGUGCAGGAGUAUUAUAUUUCCAGAUAUUGGAUCGAUGGUCUUUCAACUAGCAGCCACACGGACUCUAGACCCAUUGUAG